AUGACCUCUGCAAGCGGGCCAGAAUCCACAGUGACCUCUAAUGAGGAGCAGCUUCGUCAGGCUCGAGAUAGACUUUUACGGCAUGUUGCCAAACGUAGAGGUAGUCGAUUCACGAGCGAUGCGAGGAAUAUCGACAAGGAAGUAGAGCAGUUAGAGCUAAAGAAGCGAUGCCUUCUCACAAAACGCCUGAUGCUCCAUGGCCAAUACAACGAUUGGUUGAACGACUUGGUACUACACCGUACUGUUAUUCCGUACAGUAGGGCAUGGAAUCGUGCUUUCACUGCUCAGAUGCAUUCUCGCCUACCACGUGAAGUUCGCGACAUGGUCUACGGCUAUUUGUGGUACUUCGACCCUAAGAGAACGUCACUUCAUGAUUUUGGUACGCGGCGCUUGCGACAGCAUCAUGAUUUUCAGUGUUAUCCCGGCGCCACCAAUGUUAUUCAGAUACACGGUCUUUUGCUGGACCUGGCUCAAAAUCUCUACCGGGGCAACAGCCAUAACAUCACUGAACUAUGCGACAAGUCCGCUCUUCCGCAUUUUAUUUCCCCGGCCUACGUCGGUCUCGAGAUGGCCAAAGAGAUUGGGAUGUCCUUCUAUCACACUGUUAACCUUGCUGGUCUCCUGCAGUGCGGAGCAGAGUCCAUUCGAUCUGUCUUGAACAAAGACUGUUUCGAUCUUGGCCUGCUAACGAUAGACCUAAUUAGGACGUUGACUGUCCACUGUAAGAUGGACCGAUAUCGUGCACCGCCACCAUGUCGUUUACCGGCUAUCACUUGUCAGCAUACCGCUUCCGAGAUAGGUCAUGUCCGCAAAGCCGCGCUUGAGAUGGAGUUCGGCGCAUUGCUCGACAUCAGGAAGAAGCAGGAUUUCAAGCUACACAUCAUUCUCUACCAACGAAGCAUUCGUAUGGAGGUGCUAGCGGAGGUCAUUGAGGCUCUUGCUAGCGUCGUGCAGCAUCUUAAGCAACACGGUGCUUGCGUCACCGUAUCAUGGACCUACAGGGGACGUUAG